AUGGCGACCAUGACACAAGCCAUCCAUCAAAGCCGGAAACCAAUGAAAUCCCGCAACAUUGCUCUCCUGAGCGUUUUUGGAGUCAUCAGCGGUACAUGGUUGAUGUUCCGCGCCUUAGCUCCGCAACCAGGCAAAUUUCUCUCGAACGAAGAGGUAGCAGCAUAUCGGGGUGGUGAUUCGGACCAAACAGACCAAGGCAGUAUCAAUGGACACACUGCCCGGCCGCCUCGAAAAGGAUACUCAGCGCCUAGAGGAACCACUUAA